AUGGCAUGCCUACAUGACACCCGCACCCCUUCUCCAUCCUUUGCCAGCCUACUGAUAGAUGGACCAAUCCGGAGGUUGGACACCGAUACACCCCCUGGAUGCACCCCAGAGCAAGAACUAACCCCCACACAAUGUGUAUUGCGUGAUAUGGUGCGGACAGAGGUCACUCUUCCCCAUGAGGAUUCAUCCUCUCCUCUUACACACAGUGUUCCUCAAGAUCCACAAGAACCCGAGGACAGAGGUGGUGGAGGAGCAGCAGCAGGCCUGGGAGAUGACAGGCCAUGUCGAGCUCUUGGGGAGGGACGCAUGCAGUGUCAGGCUGGAGUUGGGUUCUUGGGUGGACUUUUUGGUUGUUUAAAGCCAGUUUGGGCAAUGAUUGGAAAAACCUAUUCUACAGAACACAAGCAGGAAGAAGACUCUUGGGAAGUGCCGUUUGAAGAGAUUCAGGACCUACAGUGGGUAGGCAGUGGAGCUCAGGGAGCUGUCUUCCUGGGGAAGUUUCAUGGUGAAGAAGUGGCUGUGAAGAAAGUCAGAGAUAUAAAAGAAACAGAUAUCAAACAUCUGCGGAAACUGAAGCAUCCCAAUAUCAUCACCUUCAAGGGUGUAUGCACACAGGCUCCUUGUUACUGUAUCUUAAUGGAGUUCUGUGCUCAAGGGCAGCUUUAUGAAGUGCUACGUGCUGGGAGGAAGGUCACCCCCUCCUUACUAGUGGAUUGGUCCAUGGGUAUAGCUGGGGGAAUGAACUAUCUUCAUCUCCACAAGAUUAUCCAUCGGGAUCUCAAGUCACCAAACAUGCUGAUCACCUAUGAUGACCUAGUAAAAAUAUCAGAUUUCGGUACUUCCAAAGAGCUGAGUGACAAAAGUACUAAAAUGUCCUUUGCUGGUACGGUAGCUUGGAUGGCACCAGAGGUCAUACGCAAUGAGCCCGUCUCUGAGAAGGUGGACAUCUGGUCAUUUGGAGUUGUCCUGUGGGAGCUUCUGACAGGGGAGAUUCCUUACAAAGAUGUGGAUUCCUCAGCUAUCAUAUGGGGUGUGGGCAGCAAUAGCCUCCAUCUUCCUGUACCAUCAAGCUGCCCCGAUGGAUUCAAGCUUCUCCUGAGACAGUGCUGGAACAGCAAGCCAAGAAACCGACCCUCUUUCCGGCAAAUUUUACUGCAUUUAGAUAUUGCCUCUGCUGAUGUCCUGUCCACCCCACAGGAAACCUACUUCCAGUCACAGGCAGAAUGGCGGGAUGAAGUGCGACUACACUUUGAGAAAAUUAAGUCAGAGGGGACAUGUUUACAGCGCCUGGAAGAGGAAUUGAUAACACGUCGCCGCGAGGAACUCAGGCAUGCUCUGGAUAUUCGAGAACACUAUGAACGCAAGUUACAGAGGGCAAAUACACUGUAUGUGGAACUGAAUUCUCUCAUGCUUCAGCUGGAGCUAAAGGAGAAAGAGCUUCUCAGGAGAGAACAGAACCUGGAGAAAAAAUACCCAGCCAUUCUGCGACAGCAACCCCGGCCAUCAAGCACUGUGGAAAAACUAAUCAAGAAAAGAAAUGUACCCCAGAAAUUAUCGCCACAUGGAAAAAGGCCAGAUAUUUUGAAAUCUGAAGUGUCUAAAGACUCUGUCUUGUCCCCCUCAACACCAUCUGGUUGCCAGAAACUGCCACCUUCUCCAGGACGUGGUCGUCGGGGAAAGCCUCGCUAUCGGAAAGCAAAAGAUGUAGUCAACCUGAGGGCAGCAGUGACUCCUGAGCCAACGCCACAGAGCCAGCCACCCCCUCGUGACCCACACCCCUUAUCUUCUUCCAGCCCCGAUCUGCUUUGUACUCCUUUAGAAGCAGAGGCUCGUAGAGGCAGUCAGAGUGCAGAAUGUUCUCCAGUCCGUUCACUACCUGGACCACCAAGCCCUGACUCCCCCUCAGGAAGAACCACUGGGGGCAGAGCAGCUAGAGGUGGACAACAUCUGACACCCGCAGCAAUGCUGUACAGAGCUGCUGUAACCAGAAGCCAGAAGCGAGGUGUGUCCUCUGAAGAGGAAGAAGGAGAGGUGGACAGUGAGCUGGAGAUGGAGAGGAAACAGAGGUGGCAAGCGGGGAUGUCCCAGCAUCAGUCUCCAAGUUCAGAAAACCUAUCAGAUGGGGAAGAAGGGAACACUACAGACCUCUCUCACAGUGUCACCCCUGAUGUGCUCAGCACCAACACAGAUGAACGUCCAGAUGAGCGCUCAGAAGACCUUGCAUCCCAAAGCUCAGAGCCACCAUUGGAUCUCCUAACCCAGUCUGAUGGCCUGUCUGAAAAAGAAGCGGCAGUGCAGAAGGUGAAGACACAGCUUAGCAAUGAACAAACAGCAGCAGAGAAUGUCGUUCUGUUUGAUGAUUCAGAUUGCGAUAGCGCUGAACUUGACCAUUCGCUGACUGCAACGACUUCAUGA